AUGAUUCCCAAGAAACCGAAUCGUAAUCAUCCACAUUUUGAAGACAAAAAGAAAGGAGAAGCUUAUUAUAUGAAGAAGAUUGAGAAACUUGCAAACGGAAAGUUGGAAUUAUUCAAAGUGUUUCUGAAUUUAGAGAAGUUCAUAAGUGAUGAGUUGAACGGUUCGAAAUUAAAGUUGGUGAUACAGGGAUACUUGACUGCUAAUGACUUGAAAAGGUUAUACAUGCCUUUUAAGAUGGUAAAGAAUCACGAUUUUUUGACGGCGGUUGAAAAACAGAUUGUUAAUAAGCCUAAAGUGAAUCAAGAUUGUCCAAACAUGGGUUUCACGGUUCCGGUAUUGGGCCCAAAGUUGGAGUUGUAUGAGAAAACUAUUGAUUUGAAAACCAUUUGGGAUACCCCCAAAACCCCGAAUUAUGUGCUGACAACAAACUGGUGCAACUUUGUGAAAGAAAAUGAAAGCAUUUUCAAGGAAGGAGCAGAGAUUCUAGUGUGUUCGUUUCGUAUGGAGGGUAAGUUGUGUUUUGCUGUUACAAGUAUGGGGUCCUAUUGA